AGGUGGAAUCGGGAUGGGGGACAGAGCCAACACUUCCAGCCCAUACUGCUCUAUUGAGCUGCGCUCUUAUCACGCGUCGCCAGAGUUCGGCUUCGUCCUGGAAAACCCCCUGACAGACCUCCCAGAGUACUAUCGCACCUGGAUGGACCUGGCCACCAACCUCAGCCACCUCAUCCAGACGCAUCAGUUUCGGGACAGAGUGAUGCAGAUGCCUCUUCUCAGCACCCGCUACCUGCAGAGCCACAGAGAGCUGCGGCUGGCUCACCUGGCCCUGGGCUUCAUCACCAUGGGAUACGUGUGGCAGGGCGGCCUGCACCAGCCGGCCAGGGUCCUGCCUAAAGCGCUGGCCGUACCAUACUGUGCUGUGUCAGAGACUCUGGGCCUCCCGCCCAUCCUGGUUUACGCUGACAGCAUCCUGGCCAAUUGGAGGCUGCGGAAUCCUGAUGGACCCAUGGAAAUAGAGAAUCUGGAUACGUUGUUUACGUUCCCUGGAGGAGAGAGCAGCAGAGGUUUCUUCCUAGUGUCCUUACUGGUGGAACAUUGUGCUAGCUCUGGGCUGCAGGGCAUUGCCAUGGUGAUGAACUCCAUGCUGACUGAUGACGUCACUGGGGUGCAGGAGGGUCUGGUUGCCGUGGGUGAUGCCCUCAGGAGAAUGAGGGAGAGCUUCAGGCUUAUCCACAAGCAUGUGGAGCCUGCACAGUUCCACGGGAGCCUACGAGUCUUUUUCUCAGGGUGGAGGGACAACCCUGCGCUCCCGGAUGGACUGUGGUACGAGGGGGUCACCGCCGAGCCCCUGUGCCUUACCGGGGGCAGCGCUGCUCAGAGCUCCUGCAUCCAGUGCUUUGAUGCCUUCCUGGGCGUGGGGUGCAGCGACGACUUCGCUGCCUCCUUCCUGAAGCGGAUGAGGAGCUACAUGCCCCCCCCUCACCGCCGAUUGGUGGAGACCCUGGCUGCCUGCCCCUUGCUCCGCCCCUUCGUCCUCUCCAGCUCGAACCCGGAGCUCCGCCGCGCCUAUAAUGCCUGUGUGUCGGAGCUGGUGAACCUGCGCUGCUACCACCUGAACGCGGUGGUGCGCUUCAUCACGGUGCCGGCUGCCCGGGCGCGGGCGGGGGGGUGCCCCUUCCAAGGGGGGUACGCCGUCCUGGGGGGGCAGGGCACCGGUGGCACCGAUUCCCUCCGCUUCCUGAAGAGCGUCCGCGACGCCACCAAACGGGCCUUGCUGCCCGAGACGUGAC